ACCUAUAAUGGGAGGAUUUUACGAAGAAGAAUUGCAAAAAACGGCCAAUCCUGACGUCUAUCUCGUUGAAAAGGUUCUGCGCAGGCGCGGUAAAAAAGUUUUGGUACGCUGGUUGGGAUUGGACAAGUCGCACGAUUCGUGGAUUGACGACGCGAAUGUAUUAUAAGUCUCAGUGUCGAUGUAACAGUUGUGUCGGGGCGCGCAUCAUGGAGCAGCAGCAAAUAUCGCUCCCCCCCGAAGAGUUGUACGAAUUUUUAACGAGCUACGACAUACAUUAUACGCCGCCGCCGCCGCCACCACCACCACCGGAAGUGCAACAACAACAACAAGUAAGAAAACCGUCAAAACGGCGUCGUAGUACGACGACGCCCCCAAAGCCUCACAAAAAAAAAAGAAAAAGGGAAGAAACGGUUCAGCAGCAGCAGCAGCAUACCGGCUCAUCCUCCUCCUCCUCCGGUUGGUUCGAUACGUUUAUCGACGACGAAGAAAGAAGGGUGGUAUGCGAAGCGUUCCAGUUGAAAAUGGUUUUAGAGUCGCAGCUGGUGCGAAACGAGGACCGGAUCAAAGAGACUGAAACUAAAAUUGCCCUGCUGCAGAGCGAGUUACAAGUGGCGCGCCUUCACUCCGACGAAUGCAGAAAAAAACUUAAACAUUUUGCAAAUUUAGCGUCCUCUCUGCCCGCAUCAAUCCCAUAGUUUUUUUUUAUUUUAAAAAUAUUGUCGAUGUUGAUGUAAAUAAAAAAAAAAAAAUCUUUAGUGUUUUUUUAUUUAGACACACACACACACACACACACUCCUCCAAACAACAACAACAAGUGAAAAAAAAGUUACAUAUACAUUUUACAUUAGAAUAAAAAAAACCAACAUAAGCCUAAUUUUUUUACAAAUAUUUUUUAUUAUUAGGUCGCAAUGAAUAUGUUAAAAACAAAAUCAAUUAUCGUCAUUAAAUUAUUAUGUAUUCUGGUAAAAGACUAACAUAAGCUUAAUUUUUACAAAUAUUUUUAUUAUUAUUAGGUCGCAAUGAAUAUGUUAAAACAAAUCAAUUAUCGCCAUUAAAUUAUUAUAUAUUCUGGUGUGAGCUUCGCUUCGAAUCUCGACCGUUGAUCGCGGUAUGAAUGUAAAUUGCAGCGCGAUUGUGUGCGAUGGCGUACCGCCGCCGUCGCGUUUGACGACUGGAUGAUAUCAUCGCCCGCCGGUGUGCGGCAGCGGAUGCAUGACAUCAUCGCUUUGCGAAAUGUUUAAACGAAACCUUGGCGGGUGAGAUCAUCGCGUCGCCUGCCUUCGCAACGAGACUUUCAUAUUAGUCCGCUGUCGGAAUUCAGUAUAUAAAAGGUUUCGAUUGUUUGUCACAUCAUUUAAAUACCGCUUGAGUUGUGUGUGUGAUCAAGUCGCUUAAUUGAUCAAACGAUCCGUGUUAUCUCAGUGUUAGCCGCCCCCACCGCACCCAUCCCAAACCAACGCCAAAAUGGACUUAAAAUCAUUAAAUGAAAAAAUUGCAGCGAAUAAAGAGAAUCAAAAACCAAUAGUUAAGUUGGGGCAGUUAGACGUUGGUCGACCAUACAAGAUAGACAAGGCCAGAAUAGUAAAGACCCAGUUUGGGGAGGCGGUUCUAUUGGAGUUAGAAUUAUCGGUGGUGUUCCUGCCGAACCGGGUGACGGACAGCUUCCGGCCGAUUAUAGACCAAUUUUCGACGGGCCGCUACAGUCUGGUGUAUCGGGGCGUUAAAGAAGUCGGCAGUUGGCCCGCUCAACAAUUUGAAAUUGUUCAAAAUUAAAAAUUACGGGGGAGAGAGAGAGAGAGACGGUAAGUCUUAUUUUUUCAAAUAUUAUUAUUAAUUGGUCGCAAUGAAUUUUACGCGAACUAUUGAGGACGCUCAAAAUUUAAUUUUGGCUUUUCGUCAAGUGAACAAAUACGUGUUCGAUAAUUUAACGGAAGAAGAUAAAAAUGUUUGGUUGGGACGUUUACGCAGAAACAUCAUUCGGUGCAACAAGAUUGUUCGUACUAGUCCAAAAAAAAAUAUAUCCAUGGGGUUACAAAGAAAAAUACAGACAACAAUUCAACAUCUUAAGACUAUUAAACAAAUGAUUUUGAAUCAUCGCCACCAUUUUGGAAUGGGGUUGCAAAACAACAGUCCUGCAAAUAUAAAACAAAGGGUUUUGUGGGAGCAGAUCGUGUCUUGUUUCCAGGGAAGAGUUUUAACGGGUGUAAUAAUCAAUUUGAAACACAAAGACGAACAACAGUUUUUAAACGACUGUCUUGUCAUAUUUAAGAAAAAAAUUUCAAAAAUUUUAAAACAAGCGUCGCCAAUGCUAAAAGUAAAUGCCACGUUUUGCGGGGAAUUUAUAAAGAGAAAAAGCGACGACCAAGACGUG